AGGAAAUGUAGAUAAUAUUAGAUAUGCUUCAAUAGUUGCAUUACGGUGAAUGCGUAGCGGUAUCUAUUUUGCGGUCAUCGUUGUUUAUUAUCAUUCUGAGUGUUACUAUCCGAGCGGGUACACCUCUUUUGUGCCGCGUAAACAGAUCACAACGGAGACUAGAAAUGGUUAUAUCGCUGGAAGACCCGGCCGUGAGGUCGUACAUCGUGUACUCGUCCAUCCUGGCGCUUAAGAUGUUAGUAGUGGCGACGCUGACAUCGCUGACGCGCGGGCGGCGCAAGGCGUUCGCGAACCCCGAAGACGCCAAGGCGUUCAGGGGAAAGAUAAAAUUGGACGAUCCGGAAGUGGAGCGCGUGAGGAGGGCACACUUGAACGACUUGGAGAACAUCCCGGCGUUCUGGAUCCUGGGCGCGCUGUACCUGACGACGGGGCCGGCGGGCGCGUGGGCGACGCUGCUGUUCCGGCUGGCGGCGGCGGGUCGCGUGCUGCACACGCUCGUGUACGCGGUGCUGCCGCUGCCGCAGCCGGCGCGCGCGCUCGCCUACCUGGUGCCCUACGGCAUCAACAUUUACAUGGGAGUGCAAGUUGUGCUGCACUAUGCGACUGCAUUGUGAUUUGUGAACAAGACAUUUACUUACUUUAUAAGUUAAGCUUCUUAUGUUGUGUGAUGCAAUAAAGGUUAUAAAAAUAUGUGUUCUCUAUAUGUUAUUAAACCAAUGCUCAAAUA